CUGCUCUGGACUCGGCAUGAAGGGCUCCUGCUGCUCCUUCUGCUGCUGCUUCUUGGCGGGGUCUUCUUUUCCUUGGAGGGAGCCCUCCUCUGCUGAGCUCCGGGCAUGGGCUGCAAGGGGAGCAAAAUGGGCUGCUGGGAAGCCAGGAGGAAGAAAAAAGUCAAAACUCAUCAUGAAAUGAGACAAACAUCCUGUGAACUGAUAGCACUGAAGACAGAAAAUGUCAACACAGUCCAUUUACACGAGGAAGCAGAGAAAUGUAAUGCUGAGCUGCUGGAGAAGCAGAAAAAUGAGACCACAAGAUUGCAACAACAACACCAGGAGUGUCUAAAGGAAGCUUACCUGGCUGAGAGUGAGAGACUUAGCCAAGAUGUUAAAAUCCAGGUAGAAAAAGACAAGAAUUUAGAGUGUAAACAGCAACUCUCUGAGCAGUAUAACCUCCUAAAGAGAGAACAGGAAGAAAGACUCAGAGAACUCCAGAAAGCACAUGACCAAGAGAGGCAUCUUCUGAUGGAAUCCUAUGAAAAGUCAAAGUCAUCUUUACAGGAGACUAUAGACAAAUUGAGUUCCCAGAUGAAGUCCUUUGAAGAGAAAAUGAAACGAGUGGAGGAAUCAAUCCUGAGCAGAGAUUAUAAGAAGCACAUCCAGGAUUAUGGGAGUCCCAGCCAAUUCUGGGAACAGGAACUAGAGAGUUUGCAUUUUGUCAUUGAGAUGAAGAAUGAACGCAUCCACCACUUGGACAAAAAGCUAUUGAAUCUGGAAACAGUGAUGGAGCGAAACUUGUUGCUUGAGGAGAAAGUGAAAACUCUUCAGCAAGAGAAUGAAGACCUGCAAGUACGGAUGCAGAAUCACAUAACAGUGACAAGGCAACUCUCUGAUGAGCUCCUCAGUGUUCGUGGGGCCCUGGAGAAGGAGGCACAGCUAAGAGAACAAGCUCACCGGGAGAAGGAAGAAUUGCUGUACAGAGUGCUCAAUGGUGAUCCUGUGCACAUCUUCCCUAUCUCCACUGAGGCAGCACUCAUUGCUACAUAGCACUUGGAAAGGCCAAAUGGACUGAACAUGGGGCAGAGCAAGGGAAAAGAGGAGACUGUUCAAUCCUUUCAUUCUAUCCCUUCUGUUUCCAGCCAGACCGAGAGCUCAGUGCUGUGUGACAACACUAUAUUGACCGAAAGGUUCUUGAGUACCACAUGCUUUUGGUUUUCAGUUUCUUCCAACACUUAAAAAGGAUGCAUGGUGCUCUCCCCACCAAAAAAGGCCAGCAUUAAUGCUUGCCAAGAUAUAAAGUUAAAUGUGCUUCCAUUUUGAGUGUGCACAAGCAAGCACUGGCCAGGAUGGGCUCCUCCCACACUGACCUCCUCACCUAAGGAAGCAACCAAAUCAACUACCUCAGAUACCAGACUGUAUGUGGUAGGGUAGUGUCCCAGUUGCCUUUGGUUUAAUAUUUCAGUAGCUGUGGCUUUAUGUUGGAAGGAGCCACAGAAAAUAAGAAGAGGCACACAGAUUAAAUAUACAGGGACCUAACUCCCCCAGUUCCUUCAUCAGCUGGAUCAAGGAUGGAUUACAUGUGGCCUUCUAAAAGUUGCUGGACUACAAGUUCCAUCAUCCAUCACAAUUAACUAUGCAAACUAGAGCUGGUGGGGGUUCCAGUCCGACUACAUCAGGAGAACGAGACUUUCACCUUGCCUGUGGUAGAUAUUGCGGGGAGGCAGAAUUACAUUUCCACAGCUGUUUUGAUGUGAGUUGGAGCAAGGAGAGCCAACCUCAAAUAAUUAAAUUAAGAACUUAGAUAGAAAUGUGAAUAUUUACAAUGAAGGGAUGAGUCCCUCCUCUGUUCCAUGCUACUUGUUUUUGAAGUACUUGGCAAGCUACAAAGCUAAGUGAUUGAUUAUGCAUGGCCACUGGCUGGAGGAUUCUUAUUUGGAACUAACUCCUAGUAAUUAAAUUGAGAACUUAGACAGGAGUGUGGAUAUUUGCAACAAAGGAAUGCUUCAGAUGUUCUCCAGUCAUACACUUAUGUUGUUUAUAAUGGGCUGGGAGAAGUUUCUUUUAAAAAGAUUCAACUACAAGGGCAGGGCCUAUUUGCUGUGGGCUUUUCCUUUCCAAUUACCCCAUGAUAGCAAUUGGCUUCUUGCCCACAUGACUGGAGAAUGGUUGUACUAGAUAAGGAGGUCUCAAGCAGAUGAGAGAAAAUUUAUUCACUUCCCUCCAGCAGUGACAAUAUUUUAAUAGAAAGCAUUCUUUCUGUUUUGAUGGAAUCUUUCUUUCUUUCUUUCAGAGCUUGGAAAUGUUGCUUUUUGUACUAUAUUAAACCUGCUGACCAUGCUUACUGGGUUGUUCUGGGAACUGAAAUACCAAAAAGUAACUUUGCCAAGCUCUGCUUUGUCAUACUGUCAGUUAUUAGAGAAUAGUGUUAUUAGAAAUGCCCACAAAAUGCAAGCACUAAUCCAGGGAGGACUUUUCCUCCUCAUGUCACUCUUUUGGGAAGCUACCAAAAGAGGUUGCCCUCUCGUGGCUAUGAUGCAGCACUGUUAGUUGCAAAGAAAAGAGUAACUGCUUGUCCAAAGUGAAGACACUGUUGCAGAGGCAUAGCACAUAGACAGACAGUACUAUAACAAGAAUAAUUUGAAUUAGAACAAAGUAGGUAUGAAAAGUAAUCAAGGAGUAGUUUAUGCUCCUGUACCAAUGGAAAUGCUGGCAUGUAGCACAUUGUGAAUGGAGAAUGUUGUGAAUAAACACUGGCACAGAGGUAAUGAAAGACAA